GCGCAUCGGCUUGCGCCGAGGCCUGUGGGUAGAUGGUUCAGCCCCGCCUCCCAGUUGCUGGCUCUGGCCGCUGCCUUUGGUUUGCUGCGCCGCUCCUCCCAGGAUGGCUACCCUGAUUGUAAACAAGCCUGGAGCAGGACUAGACAGUGGCCGGCAGGGCAGCCGAGGAGCUGCUGUGGUGAAGGUUCUGGAGUGUGGAGUUUGUGAAGAUGUCUUUUCUUUGCAAGGAGACAAAGUUCCUCGCCUUCUUCUUUGUGGCCACACAGUCUGUCAUGACUGUCUUACUCGCCUGCCUCUUCAUGGAAGAGCAAUACGUUGCCCAUUUGACCGACAAGUAACAGACCUAGGAGAUUCAGGUGUCUGGGGGUUGAAAAAAAAUUUUGCCUUAUUGGAGCUUUUAGAACGACUGCAAAAUGGACAUAUUGGUCAAUAUGGAGCUGCAGAGGAAGCUAUUGGAAUAUCUGGAGAGAGCAUCAUUCGUUGUGAUGAAGAUGAAGCUCAUGUUGCAUCUGUAUAUUGCACUGUGUGUGCAACUCACUUGUGCUCAGAGUGCUCUCAAGUUACUCAUUCUACGAAGACAUUAGCAAAGCACAGGCGAGUGCCUCUGGCUGAUAAACCUCAUGAGAAAACCAUGUGCUCUCAACACCAGGUGCAUGCCAUUGAGUUUGUUUGCUUGGAAGAAGGUUGUCAAACUAGCCCCCUUAUGUGUUGUGUCUGCAAAGAAUAUGGAAAACACCAAGGUCAUAAGCAUUCAGUAUUGGAACCAGAAGCUAACCAGAUCCGAGCAUCAAUUUUAGAUAUGGCUCACUGUAUACGGACCUUCACUGAAGAAAUCUCAGAUUAUUCCAGAAAAUUAGUUGGAAUUGUUCAGCACAUUGAAGGCGGUGAACAAAUAGUUGAAGAUGGAAUUGGAAUGGCUCACACAGAACAUGUACCAGGUACUGCAGAGAAUGCCCGAUCAUGUGUUCGAGCUUAUUUUUCUGAUCUACAUGAAACUCUGUGUCGUCAAGAAGAAAUGGCUCUAAGUGUGGUUGAUGCUCAUGUUCGUGAAAAACUGAUAUGGCUCAGGCAGCAACAAGAAGAUAUGACUAUUCUCUUGUCCCAGGUUUCAACUGCCUGUCUCCAUUGUGAAAAGACUUUGCAGCAGGAUGAUUGUAGAGUUGUCUUGGCAAAACAGGAAAUUAAAAGGUUAUUAGAAACCUUGCAGAAACAGCAGCAGCAAUUUACAGAGGUUGCAGAUCAUAUUCAGUUGGAUGCCAGCAUUCCUGUCACUUUUACAAAGGACAAUAGAGUUCACAUUGGACCGAAAAUGGAAAUUCGAGUUGUUACAUUAGGAUUAGAUGGUGCUGGAAAAACUACUAUUUUGUUUAAGUUAAAACAGGAUGAGUUCAUGCAGCCCAUUCCAACAAUUGGAUUUAAUGUGGAAACUGUAGAAUAUAAAAAUUUAAAAUUCACUAUUUGGGAUGUAGGUGGAAAACACAAGUUAAGACCAUUGUGGAAACACUAUUACCUCAAUACUCAAGCUGUUGUAUUCGUUGUUGAUAGCAGUCAUCGAGACAGAAUUAGUGAAGCACACAGUGAACUUGCAAAGUUGUUAACAGAAAAAGAACUCCGGGAUGCUUUGCUCCUUAUUUUUGCUAACAAACAGGAUGUUGCUGGAGCUUUGUCAGUAGAAGAAAUCACUGAACUUCUCAGUCUCCAUAAACUAUGCUGUGGUCGUAGUUGGUUUAUUCAGGGCUGUGAUGCUCGAAGUGGUAUGGGGCUGUAUGAAGGGUUGGACUGGCUUUCACGGCAACUUGUUGCUGCUGGAGUAUUGGAUGUUGCUUGAUUUUAAAUGCAGUGGUUAUUUAAAAGUUUUGUGGUGAAGUUAUUUUGCACAUAAUACAUUGCAGGAAAUUCUACAUCUCAAAUAUGAUAAUAUGUGUAUGUAAAAGAAUCUGGGACUGGGAACUAAGUAUGUUACUGCUUUAGAAAACAAAUUCUGUGGCAAAGUUUGAAUAUAUGAGGUUAGAGCAGAUUAAAAAGAAAUUUCUUGGAUAUACAUUCUUUUAAAAAGUACAUUUGUUAUUUAAGUUUUUUAGAUUCUAUGCAACCCAUAUAUUGGGAAAGAAGUAGGCACAGAGAAAGGGUAAAUGAAGUUUUUUUCUUUCAGUGAUAAAUAGCUAGCUAACUGAGUUAAUGGAAUUUCUGUGGAGCAAUGGAAGUAUAGUUUCUUUAACUUGCCUUUCACGGAAUUUUGGUAGUACUUAUUUGUAGGUAUGGAAGUUGCUUAAUGAAACAGAAUCUAAACUACAUCUUAGGGUAAUAAGAUUACUUUGAUCUUCAGUAUAAUACCACCUUUCAUGCAAACUAUAAGCUAUAAAAAUUAAUAUUUUAUACAGCUUUAUUAAAACUUUCUCCUAAAAUAUUUUGUAUAAAACACAGUAAAAAGAAUGCAAUGUUAUCUAACUAGGCCUAAUUGUCAGAUUAGUACUAACUGUAAAGUACUAAAACUGUGAAAGUCAUUUGGUCUUCAUUUAUAAAAGACCCAUUUCCAGGACUGAACCUAGACUUAUUUCCUAGGUCAGAGAUCUAAAUUGGUCCUUCUAUUUUUCAACAUAUUUACGUAGUGUUUCUUUCUAAAAUAAUAUCGCAUCCUUUAUAGGGGCAACUAUAGGUAAAAUGUAGUAAGUCACACAAAGAACCAGGGUCAGCUUUUCAUAAAAGAGACCUAAAUAGAAUAUAUACGACUUUUACAUUAAGAGAAGUUGUUGAAAUGGUGGGGAAUGCCUAUUAUUUAUUUUAAAUACUUUCCAUAAUAAGUGCAUUUACUUAACAAUAUAAAAGGCUCUACAUGACAAGGCCUCAGUUAUUUAAGAGGAAAAAAAUGUGUCUAAAGAAAUACUAAAAAAGUUUACAUUUAUUAAGCAGUAUUGUGAGUUAAAGUUAAAAAAUUUUGUGCUCUUUACUGUUUCUCAUUUUUAAAGGAUACUCUUACUAUGGAAGCACGAUUUAUUAUAUUUACAUAGCUAGUUUUUUGUUUUCUUUUAAUGCUUUUCAUACUUCAGGAUAAAGUAGAAUCUUGAAUCUUGGUUAAAUUGUCAUAAGGACAAUGGUAUCUGAUGUUAAGAUGUGACAGGCGGCACGGUUUGGGUUCAGUCUUUUCAAGGGUAUUUUUGUUUUUUUAAAAAACAAAAAGUUUUAGAAAAGCAUUAAAAAAAAGCUCAUCAGUGUUAUGGGCAAUAUGUAAAUACGUAAAAUAUAAUAUUCACCCUUUAUUUUUCAAGUAAAAAGUCAUGCUGUUACAAAUAGUUUGUGUGCGUAAAUAAUUCCUUUGAAUUAAAUUAUUUAAUAUUUGAAUGAUUUCAGUAACUGUGAAAAUAAAACUGGUGUUGCAUUUGCCUGUGAGCCCUUGAACUGUUUUCUCCACUUGGUAGUUGGAAAAAAAAAAUAACACUACUAUGUGAACUUGCUUUCCUUGUAAAUUAUUACUUCACUAAUUUUGCUAAACUUUGUAAUUCACAUCCUGAACAUAUAACUGAACAGAGUUUUUAAAUUGUGCUUAGGCCUGACCAUUAUGUACAUGUAACCGUACGGUUUAUUAUGAUUUUUCUUAAAUAUUUUUCUCGGGCUCUUAUUACUGUUUGUGGUUGUAUUCUUUCAUUAGUCAGUUAAAAUUAUGUUAAGCUUCCCCAGGGCAAUGUCAAAUUUAAAAUGACAGAUGUUUUAAAUAUAGUAUGUUGGGAUUUGCCUCCUCACUCUGAAUUUCUGUACUAAAAUCUAAACAUUAUUGUAUGGAUUAUGUAAAGCAGGUUUGUGAAGUGUAUAGCCUUGGUCUAUAUUUCAGGAAUGCUUUAUAUCCACCAGAAGCCAUUAUUUGCACUAUAUAUAUGAUCAGUAUAGACAGCAAUAAAAUGUUAAAAAUCAUUAUAUAGGAGAAGUUCUAUCAUUAUUCUAAAGUUCAGUUUCUUCAACCAUGUAUCUAUUAUCUUUGCUAGUAACCAACUUAAAAAAUUCAUUAUUCUGGUUGAUGGUGUAUCUCAGUGGUAGAAGUGCUUACUCAGCAUGCAAGAGGCCUUGGGUUCUAUCCCCAGCACAGCAAUAAAUAAAUAGUAUUUGUGCUAUGGUUAACAGAAACAAAUCAAAACAGGAUGGGAUUGAUUUGUCUAUCAAAUUUGAGAUAUUAUUUGAUAAAGUAAAGAUUUAGAAAUAACUUUCCCCAUAAUUGUAAUGUAGAUCAUAUUUAAGAAAACUGCAGUGUUUUGAAGGGGAAGCUAAAAUUCUGCAACGAGUAAAAAUAAAGUUUUUAGUUUUUAAAUUUUAA